AUGGCUAAAGUAAGAGGCAGAAGGGCAGAGAAGAAAUCUGCCAAAGAAAUUGAUCCAGAAGCGAUCAAAAAGGACAGUUUGAAAAAAUUUGGGGGCGAGGAUAAGCAAGAUGAAGAUGAGCAAGCCGAUGUGCAAAACCAAGCUGCAGCCGAGUCUAACAAGCAACAGAACACCACCACGUUUUUUGGUCUUGUAGAUGCCAACGAAAUCGACUAUUUCAAGCAAGCAGAAGCCACACUCAAUAUCAAUGCAUUUGAGAGCCCAGAGGAAAGAGAGGGCUUUAUUAGAUCUGUAUUGGAGGAAGCACGCGGGAAAGAAUUGAAACUUGUGACAAAUCAGAUCUGCUCUAAGUUGAUGGAAAGAUUGAUCUUGUCCGCAACUGACAGGCAACUUAAGAACCUUUUCAAGGCCUUUUCUAAUCAUUUUGUAGCCUUGGCUCACCACAAAUAUUCCUCCCAUGUUCUUGAGACAUUAUUUGUCAGAGCAGCUGCAUUAAUCGAAAAGGAAUUGAUCGACGAAGUCAAGGAAGAAGUAGAAGACGCAGACGAAGACGAUGAAGAUGAAAAUGUUUCAGUCACCAUGGAAGAACUUUUCAUUCAAAUGGUCAAUGAAUACAAGCCACAUGUCAACGCUAUGAUUGACCACCAAUACUCUUCGCAUACCCUUAGACUUUUGCUCUUAAUCCUUGCUGGAAAGGAUUUACCCUCCAGUACAACUUCAAACUCAACCUUGAGAUCCAAGAAGUCUAAGAUCGCUAGAAAGAUGAUUGAAAUCAAGGACAAUGACGAUUUCAAUCGUUCUUUCCAAGUUCCUCCUAGUUUCAAAAACGAAUUAAGAGACGUCAUUACGUCAAUUAGUGCAAAAUACUCCCGGAGCGAUAUGAAGAAGUUGAGAGAGUUGGCAAUUCAUAAGAUCGCUUCUCCAGUCUUACAAUUGAUUAUUCAAGUUGAAGGAAUAUUCGAUAACGAAAGAACCGUGUGGCACUUGAUUUUCGCUAAGGACAAUGCAGAAAAGGAGCAACAAGAGGAAGCUUUCGUAGAAUAUUUGUUAAGUGACUCCGUUGGUUCCCAUUUCUUAGAAAAUUGUAUAAAGAGGGGUGGUGCUAGAAUGAAGUACCUUGAAAGGCUCUACAAGCUAUACAUGAAGGAUAGAGUUCUCAAACUUUCCAAAAGAGCCACUACCGGUGUCUAUAUUAUCCAAGCAUUGUUGAUGAAAUUGAAACCAGUUGAAGUUGAGCACAUCUUAGACCAGUUGAUUCCAGAAUUGUCGAACUUGAUUUCAAUUUCCGAGAAUCAAAACUUGGAUUUAGGAAGAAGUGUAAUUGACGCUUCUUUGACUAGAGGAAACUACAGAAGAGAUGAAAUCAUUCAACAAUUGUUCUUAAAGUUUGCUCCAAACUAUGACUAUAAGAACCCAAGCGAUAGCUCUGUGGAAUUCUUGGAAAACACGUUACAAUUGACUGGAUCUACAUUGGGUAAUACAAGAGAUGACUGGCCAACAGCCGAGGAAAGAAGAAGAUCCUUAUUCUUAGAAAAAUUGAUGGAAUACGACUUUUCGUUUGUCAUUUGUGUCUGGUACAACUUCUUAGCUCUUCCACAAGCUAGAUUCAUUCAAAUGUGUUUCCAUGGAGUCUUCUCUCAUGUUGUUGAAAGCUCUUUGGUUGUAUUGCCUAUAAGCUUAGGAGGUGAACCUAAAAAUAUCACAAUCUUGAGAAAAAGAUUCUUGAAUAUCUUCCAAGGUGAGGUAGCUAACAUGUCCUGUAACUCAUAUGGUUCUCACAUUGUUGAUAAAUUAUGGGACUUCACAGUGUUAUUGAAUAUGUAUAAGGAUCGUAUUGGAUCUGAAUUAAUGUCAGAAUCAAAGAAAGUAAAGGAAAGUACCUAUGGGAAAAUGGUUUGGAAAAAUUGGAAAAUGGAAUUAUUUGCAAGAAAGAAGUAUGACUGGAAGAGCUUAAUUAAACAACAGGAAGAGGAAUACUACAACAAUGAGGGUGAUAACAAUGACAAUAAUAAUAAUAACAGAAACAACAGAGAAGAUGCGGAGAAGAUAAAGAAACCAAUUGAACUUAAAAUGGAGCAACUUUUAAGAGAGAAGCAAUUGAAAGAAGAGAAAAGUAGACAAAAUGAGGAGUGGUACUUGAAAAGAAAGAAUGGUGGUCACAAUCAACAAAAGCAAUUUGCUGGUCUUGGAGACUUCAAGGUUGAAGACGUCUUCAAUGAUAACAACAAGAAGCAAAAGGUUAGAGGUCGUAACCGUGUAUGA